AUGUUUCCUGUGGUGUCUCCUGCACAGCAGAAACUGCUAGACCUUGCGGAUCAUAAAGAUCGGAGUGGAUCUUUCUUUGUUGCCCACAUAGGCGGCACACAGCUCAUCAUGGAGAGGGGAAGGUUCUACGACUUGAACCGCAUUCAUCAGAGAGUCGGCGGCCGCAUCCACCUUCACAGGAUCAUCUGCUACCAAGCCCCUGAUGGGGAAUUCUGGUUGGGAAGACCCUACCUUGAAAACGUCCGGGUAACGGCGACGGUAGAGAAGCAUUUUCGAGGACCGAAGAUGUAUAUGGCAAAAGCCCGGCCAAAGAAGUGGCGGAAGUAUUUCUCGCAUCGACAGGACCUGACGCGAAUUCGAAUUAACGAGGUGGAGUUGCUGCGAAACCCUGGCGAAGCGGAAUCGUCCAGUGUGCCUCCCAACUUCACGACAGACAACCCGAUUUACACAGCCCUGAUGGCGAGCAAACUGUUUCGGAAACCAAGUACCGUGCUGCCACGCAUGAAGCGUACAUUCAUGCGUUUGGCGCCAAGGGAAGAGUUCCCGCUCGUCGGCGAAGACCCGUUGAUGAAUUUUGACCCGGUCGUUAACCGCCUUCUUAUGGACCGCCUUCUCGCUGGCCACUCGGAACUAUUCCCCCUCCUGCGCCCCGACAAAGACAUGGACAACUCACCAUAG